AUGGUCCGCAUCAAACACCGCUACCUCCUCCUCGAUAUCCUCUACCCCGAUCCGUCGACCUGGCCCUCCGCGACACCGUCCCGCUCCAAAAAUGCCCCGAACUCCAAGUCUCAAUCACAAUUACAGAUCCACUCACCUACCUCGGAUGCCUUGACGCCUAGUUUGUUGGCCAGGAUGGUGAGGGAGGAAGUCGCAGAGCUUUUUGGUGACUAUGGGGUGGGGAGAUUAGGUGGUGCUGGCGCGGGUGGUGUUAGUGUGAAAUAUCUUUCGCACGCUACGUCAACGGCUAUCAUUCGCUGUCCCCGCGCGUCUCUCCAGCUGGUCUGGACCGCUCUCACUUGCAUAUCGCAGGUGCCUGGGUUCAGUGAGAAGGGGUCGAAAAGGUCCGGGACUACGAGGCCAUGUGUGUUUCGGGUUAUUCGCGUGUCGGGGACGAUGCGCAAGGCUGAGGAGGAGGCUAUCCGUCGUGCUAGGAGGGAGAUCGUGCGUCUGAAGGGCCUGGAUGAGAUCGGGGUGUUGGAGGGGUUGGUGGGUGGGUUGGUGGAGGCAGAUGAUAGUACUCCCGUUGCUGGAGUUGCUGAGGAUGUGAUGAUGAUGGAUGACAGUGAUGAC